AGAGCCUUGAUCAGCACAGCAAGGGGGGGUGACUAUUUAGACCAGCCUCCUUGUUUUGCACCAGAUGUCUCUGGGAGAGCCAGAGUAGCCGCUGAAAGUAGCCCAGAGUGAGAAUUUUAGUUGUCAUGAUGGCCAGGUUGAGUGUGUGGCGCAGCCCAGUGACAGUGCCCCUGUCCUGGAUCGGAGAGCUGACAACAGGUGUGCGCUGCAGCAGCAGCAUGCCAAUUGUCAGACCGGCAUACUCGGACAGCAGCAGCAUUAUCAGGUCUUUCAGUGAGAUUCCUGGAUUGUGGAAGAAUGGCAUGGCCAACUUGUACCAUUUUUGGAAACUGGAUGGCUUCAGAAACCUUCACCACAUCAUGGUGCAGAACUUCAACACUUUUGGGCCCAUUUACAGAGAAAAAAUAGGUCAUUAUGAAAGUGUAAAUAUCAUCAACCCUGAAGAUGCUGCUAUCCUGUUCAAAGCAGAGGGCCACUAUCCUAAAAGGCUGAAAGUUGAAGCCUGGACAUUAUACAGAGACUACAGGAAUCGCAAAUAUGGAGUUUUACUCAAGAAUGGAGAGGACUGGAGAUCAAACCGUCUGAUUCUAAACAAGGAGGUGAUUUGCCCGAAGGUGCUGGGAAACUUUGUGCCUCUGCUGGAAGAAGUGGGCCAGGAUUUUGUGGCCAGAGUUCACAAAAAGAUCAAGCAAAGUGGCCAGAACAAAUGGACCACUGACCUCUCUCAAGAACUCUUUAAAUAUGCACUCGAGUCGGUGAGCUCAGUGCUGUAUGGAGAGCGUCUAGGUUUGAUGCUGGACUACAUCGACCCUGAUGCUCAGCAUUUCAUUGACUGCAUCACCCUCAUGUUCAAGACUACCUCACCCAUGCUGUUUAUACCUCCUGCUCUGUUGAGGAAGAUUGGGGCAAAAGUGUGGCAGGACCAUGUGGAGGCUUGGGAUGGGAUCUUCCACCAAGCUGACCACUGCAUCUACAACAUCUACAGAGAGUUACGUAAGGAAUCUGGCACUCCAAAGAAAUACCCAGGAGUCCUUGCUAGCCUGCUCAUGUUGGACAAGCUGUCCAUUGAAGACAUCAAGGCCAGCAUCACUGAGCUCAUGGCUGGAGGAGUAGAUACAACUUCUAUAACGCUGCUGUGGACAUUGUAUGAACUAGCCAGGCACCCCAAACUCCAGGAUGAGCUGAGGGCAGAGGUGGCUGCAGCUCGGGCUGAAAGCCAGGGAGACAUGCAGGAGAUGCUGAAGCGGAUCCCACUGGUCAAAGGAGCUUUGAAGGAAACACUGAGGUUACACCCAGUUGCAGUGAGUUUGCAAAGAUACAUAGCAGAAGAUAUCAUUAUUCAAAACUACCACAUCCCAGCUGGGACCCUGGUCCAGUUAGGACUGUAUGCAAUGGGCAGAGACCCCAAAGUGUUUUCCCGUCCCGAGCAGUAUCAGCCCUCCCGCUGGCUGAGGACAGAGACACACUACUUCAGGAGCCUGGGCUUCGGUUUCGGCCCCCGUCAGUGUUUAGGACGCAGAAUAGCUGAGGCCGAGAUGCAAAUCUUCCUUAUCCAUAUGCUUGAGAACUUCCGAGUGGAGAAACAGCGCCAUGUGGAAGUGAAGAGUACCUUUGAACUCAUACUGUUACCUGAGAAACCUAUACUAUUGACACUGAAGCCUCUACAUGGUAGUCGGUAACACCAAGUUUGAGAGGAAAAUUGUGGUGCACGAUAAGCCCUGCUCAUUUCUAUAAACCUUUAUCACAGUUUAAUGUCAAGGACUUCACAAAGCACCACAAUAUAAACUGUAAAUAAAAUCUUCCAACCUUAGAUGUUGAUGGAGAGCAAAAAAACAUUAGGAAAGAAAAAAUAAAAAUGUGCAUGAACAAAUUACCUCAGUAAUUCCAAAACUAGUGAACAGUCAUUAUAUGUGCUGUAUGUUAGUGAGUAAUUUGAACAAUGAUGGAAAUGUGUAUUCUGUGUGUACAACAUAUUAAUAAACCUGGAAUGUACAGAUGUUUUAUUCUAUGUGCAUAUGGAAAAAGUAUUUUAAAAUAUCUACCAGUGACGAAUAAAACAUCACAACUGAAUCAAAA